AUGUUAAACGAAAUCUUUGCAUUCGCCUACAAGGAAUCGAGCCCAAGGCCUUCCAACCAAUCAGACGCCUUUUGUCAGCACCACCACAAGUCUCGGUUGACAUUGUUUGGUGAAAAAGUUCAAAGGUCGAGUCCACGCGAGGACGAGCAUCGGCGCAAUCCUAUUGGCCAGUUGCCGAUUGGCUCUGCUGGAACCUUCAUGAUGAAGCUGUUUCCGACCAUGCGAGAGUGUCUCUAUCUCUGUUGGACAAAGUGUAUGUAUGCAGCUUUUUGGGGAUGUGCCGGGGAGGUUUCUCGACUCGUUGGCGCAAAUCUUGUUGUCACGAUGAAACCUUGCUCGGAUGAUGUUCGCCAUGUCGACUUCGAUGCCUGUGAGUGUGUCUGGACAGCCCGGGGAUCUCGGCGGUCCCGGAGACAGUGGAGAUCCGGUAAGGCCUGUCGAGCUUUGUUUCCAAUUCAGUUAAGAGUAUCUCUUCUCCCCCUCCCCUCCCCCCUCCGGCUGCCCAUCCCACCUUUUUCAUACAUCAGGAUCGGUGCCAGCACCGACGGGCAACCGGAAGUUUCUCACAACUUUCGUGUGAACACGAAAAAGACUGGCAGCGCUUGCAGAAGCUCCGUCGGGAUUCGAGAUGGCGGAAACAUUCAACGCUGGUGGACAACAUUCGUUCUCUGA